AUGAAUUCUUCAACCAGUGAAAUAGCAAAUCAUCGAACAGAUUACAGUAUUAUUGCUCCUGUGUCCAUGAUUUUCGCCAUAAUUGCAAUAAUCAUUACUUCAAUUAUAUUAAUAAUUGUUUUAUUAACAAAACAAUUCCAUACAGUUACUCGUCUGUUAACUUGUAAUACAUGUUUAGCAUCAUUAUUAUAUUGUACUGUUCAAUGUGUUAAUUAUAGUUAUCUCUUAGUGAUAACAUGGGAUAAAAGUGAUCGGUCAUGCCGAUGGCGUGGCUAUUUUGGAUACAUGUCUAUGAUUGCUUUUCUUUACUCUUACGUAUUACAAGUUAUAUCAAGAUUAUUUUUUAUUAUUUUGUAUACUAAAUAUCGAUGGUUAAUUACAUUGAGAACACAUCUAUAUUUGAUUUUUAUUGGAUGGAUUAUUAUUUUAGUUGUUCCAUCGCCAGCAAUUCUAACACAUGACAUAUUUUUUCGUGAAGGUGAACUUUGUUGGGUAACAAAAACGUAUAAAUUACAUACUUAUUACAUUAUUGCUGCAUACUAUGUCAUACCAAUUCUAUUGAUUAUUGUAAUUAAUCUUUUUAUAUAUAUUCCAGUUUAUUAUAGUGGAAAAAAUACUACAAUACAACGUAGUAUAAAAAGAAAUGAUCGUGAUUUUAUCAUAUUUCGUAAUAUAAUGAUAUCAUUCAGUGUCUAUUUUCUUGGAGGAGUUCCAAUCAUAAUCUAUAUGUUUACAGAUAUUGAAUUCUUUUAUUCAGUGGGUGUUAUUUCUGUUACAUUUGCUGUAAUAAUGGAAAAAUUAGUUUUAAUAUAUCUCGAUCGAGAAAUUCGAAAUAUGUUGAAGCAUUUUUUUUGUCAAAAAAGAACUCAAGUUAUGCCAUUAAUAAUAAAUGCUGCUUUUAUUGUUCAUUAG